AUGGUGGUGGUUCUUUUUUAUGUGGAUGAUAUAAUCUUGAUGGGUAGUAACUAUGAUGAGGUUGCUCGUCUACAAGAUGAGCUAUCGCUUCGCUUUGAGAUGAAGAAGCUUGGUGAACUUGGAACAUUCCUUGGUUUACAAAUUGAAAGUUUCGAUAAAGGUUUAUUGGUAUCGCAGAUCAACUACGCAAAGAAGUUGGUAGAAAAUUUUGGUAUGACUGAUGGAAAAAAGAGCUAUAAUCCUCUCGACGUAAAUCCUAGAAUCAGUGGGAAGUCUGAUUUAUCGUGUUAUCGUGUCUACCAGAUCCUCGUCUUUAUCGUGCUCUUGUGGGAAGUGAUUUAUCUAACUAUAACAAGGCUUGACAUUGCUUAUGCAGUUGGAGUGAUGCAAAAUUUGUCUUGUAAGGAUAUGCAGAUGCUGACUUUGCUGGAGAUCGAGACGAUCGAAGGUCCACAUAUGGGUUUGUUUUUCUUUGUGGAAACACUCGAAUAUCUUGGAGUAGUAGGAAACAAGGAUCGGUAUUAUUGUCUACAACAGAAGCGAAAUACGAAGCAUCAACUCACGUAG